ACUCUCUUUUUCGUCACGUUACAUACCACCCUCUACAUCGCCAUGCCCAAACCACGGGUCAUCUACUGGUUCCGCACCGACCUGCGCCUGCACGACUCGCCGGCUCUCAAAGCCGCGCUGGACCUCAAGCCAGAAUGCCUGUAUCCGAUCUGGACGUGGGAUCCGCACUACGUGUACCGCGCGCGCGUGGGCCCUAACCGCUGGCGAUAUCUUCUCGACUGCCAAAACGACCUGUCAAAGUCGAUCACGAGGUUGAAUCCAAAGUCAAAGCUCUUUCUCAUCCGAGAAGCGCCGCAAACGCUGUUCCCGAAAUUGUUCAAGGCGUGGAAGAUCACACAUCUAGUCUUCGAGAAAGACACGGAUGCUUACGCGCGAGAACGCGAUGACAAAGUGAUGAAACUUGCCGAAGAAGCAGGAGUGCAGGUCAUUGUGAAGACAGGCCGUACGCUGUACGAUCCAGAUGAACUGGUCAAACAGAACCACGGGAAGCCGACAAUGAGUAUAAGUCAAGUGCAGAGCGCAGGCAAGAGGAUUGGGAGUAUUCCCCGGCCGAUUCCCGCGCCUACUUCGUUACCCGAUCCAGGAGCUACAGAUGUGACCUUUGAGCAAGAGAAGCCAGAGGAGAAGCCGGAUAUCAAUUCCAUUCAGCGUGACGGCAACGAGGCGAGCUAUUCCGCUCUUGCGGGGCCUAAGGGUGAUUUCGCGUUACCUACUAUGGAAGAGCUAGGGCUGAAGGAAGCCACAUCGUCUCAUCGAGGCGGGGAAACCCUCGCGCUGAAAACUCUGGAUGAGAUAAUUGCAAACAAAGACUACACGGCGACGUUCGAGAAACCGAAAACCGCGCCAACAGCUUUCGAACCUCAGGCCACGACGCUAUUGUCGCCACACAUGCACUUCGGGUCUCUCAGCUGUCGUGAGUUCUACUGGCGCGUGCAGGACGUCGUGGACUCGUAUAAAGGUAAAGCAAGUCAGCCGCCGACGAGUUUGACGGGACAGUUGCUGUUUCGAGAUAUGUAUUUUGGGGCGCAGGCAGCGCUGGGAUAUGCAUUCGGCCAGACGUACAACAACCCGCAGUGUCGGUUCAUCCCCUGGCACUUACCUUCGGAAAUCGACACCAAGACGGGUCUCAUCACGGGCAAAUAUCUAGUCGACGAUGCAAGGGCAGAAGAGUAUUUCAUCCGCUGGAAAGAAGGCCGCACAGGCUUCCCCUGGAUCGACGCCCUCAUGCGGCAGCUCAAGCAGGAAGGCUGGAUCCACCAUCUCGGUCGACAUGCUGUGGCGUGUUUCCUCACCCGGGGUGGCUGCUACGUGGAUUGGGAGCGCGGCGCCGAAGUCUUUGAAGAAUGGCUCAUUGACCACGAAGCGGCGUGCAACAUCGGGAAUUGGCAGUGGUUGAGCUGCACAGCCUUCUUCGCGCAGUUCUUCCGGUGUUACUCACCGAUUGCGUUUCCGCAGAAGUGGGACAAAGAUGGCGAGUUCGUGAGGCGGUAUGUGCCUGAGUUGAAGGAUUUCGGCAGGAAGUAUAUUUACGAGCCAUGGAAGGCGCCUAUUUCGGACCAGAAGAAGUGGGGGUGUCGCAUCGAGGGGGAUGGGAAGGAUGCCAAUGGGACGACGUACCCAAAGCCGAUGUUCGACUUUCCGGAACGAAGGGAUAUCUGUCUCAACGGGAUGAAGAGCGCAUAUCAUAUUGGUUUAUAUGGCAAUGAUCCAAGGGUUCUGGACGGGACUUGGAGGAAGCUUUUCGAUGACCACGCCGAGGGUCCUACAGAGGGGAAAGAAGGACCACCAGGUGCAAUGGUGAAGCAUGAAGAUGCCGACGGCGCGGAAAGCCACGACGAACAACCGCCUAGUCCGAAGACGGCGAAGAAAAUGGCAGUGAAGAGUGAGAAGAAAGUCGCACCCAAGAAACCAGCACACAAGAGAGAAGCAAGUCAAAGCACGCUGGACAGUAUGGUGACAAGGAAGAAGAAGAAGGAUGACGAUGUAUUCCCCAACGCCACUCACUUUGGAUAG